AAAAACAUAGACAAAAUAUGUUAUGACUUUUCUGACAACCCAAUAUUAGGGCAUCACUUGACUUCACUUGGUCUAAUCUGCAAAAUGAGCAUGAGCCUAAGGACACUGGAAAUGCCCUUUAGGGGAUGUAUUGGUUUGCUUGGGCUGCCGUAAUGAACUACCAUAGACUGAGUGGCUUAAACACCAGAAGUUUGUUUUCUCACAAUUCUGGAGGCUAAAAAUCCGAGAUCAAGGUGUCAUGUCGGCAGGGUUAGUUUCUUCUGAGGUCUAUUUCCUUGGCUGGCACAUGGCUGCCUCCUCCCUAUGUCUUCACAAGGUCUUCCUUCUGUAACUGUCUGUGUCCAAAUUUCCUCUUCUUAUAAGGACACCAGUCAUAUUGGGUUAGGGACCACCCUAAUGACCUCAUAUUAACUUAAUUACCUCUUUAAAGACCCUCUGUCCAAAUAACAAUCACAUUCUGAGGCACCAGGAAUUAGGACUUUGACAUGUGAAUUUUUGGUGGACACAGUUCAGCCCAUAACAAAAAAGAUGGGCUCAGUCAUGCCUUACUCAGACCUUAGCCUUGGGGCUCCCCCUCUGAGAGAGAGAGAUACAGUCCCUGCCCUCAGGAAGUCCCCAGUCAGAAGCAGAGGCAGGAGGCAUGUGCACAGAUUCAGGAAGGAAGUGAAAAUGGACACAUUUCAGUUUGAGAAAGGUCACUGAGCAGCCCCAGAAUACAGCGGGUUAGGGGCCCAGGAGUCAGGAGGGAAAGUUUCAGAGGAGUGAGUUGGAAAGAAAAGACGGUCUGUGGAAAAUGAGGGGCCUGGCGGGGUGAUGCCCAAGCUCUUUGGAGCCCAGGGCGUGUGUGUGUGUGGCUGCAGGGCCCAGGUCUCCACUGCAAAUACCAACUGUUGCCACAGGCUGAGUGGCCAAGACAGCGAGGAGCAUCUGGAGCCCCAUGGGACAGAGUGGGGAUGGCUUCACACACUGUCACCAUUUGUGAAUGUCACCCGGCCGGGCCAUGGACACUGGGAGGUUAGAUUUCUGCAAUCACCACCCUGUCCAAUGGCUGCUGCGUCUCCAGCAAGCACUACAUGCCUGCCUGUCACAGGAUUGUCAGCACCUGCCUCGGGGAUGAGAACAGGGAGCCGGCUUGCCAGAAUGUGACUCCACCUGCCUAACCCUCCGUGCCCACCUGUUCUUCAAGACCCAAGCCUCCCUCUCUUAGCUUUGCUCUGUGGCCACGUCCUCAGGUGUUGGCUGCCCAGUGUGUAGACAUUUCUGACAUUCUUCCAGAUAGUCCUGCCUUUUCAUGAAUGCUGCUUUGUUUGAAAUAUACUCCCUUUGCUAUCCUUGGGUUGGGGUUCUCCGAAAGCUGGGGAGUUUCAACGGGGAUAAAGGGCCCAGGCAUCUCUGGAUCUUGAACCUAUCUUGCUCCUUCUUUGUCUUCACAACACUCAGCCUUUGUUUAUUUGUCUCCUUCUCUGUCUGCUCAGGCAUGAAGCGGCCACUGAGCCCAUCCCCUCCCGCUGAGAAGGAGCCCCCCAUAUCUGGAGCUGCUGAGUGCCCUCCUCGGCCCCCAGAACCACCUAAGCCCAAGCGGGAGAGAAAACGACCAUCGUACACGCUCUGUGACGUCUGCAACAUCCAGCUAAACUCAGCAGCCCAGGCCCAGGUGCACUGUGAGGGGCGGGCCCACCAGAGACGGCUGCGGCAGCUCAGCCUGGGAAAGGCCCCUGCAGGGCCAGCAGGCCCAGCCGCCAGUGCCCCCAGCCCCCUGCUGGCCUCCCUGUCCCUGCCUGCCAGGCCUCUGCAGCCCCCGCUGGACUUCAAGCACUUGCUCACCUUCCACUUCAAUGGCGCCGCCCCGCUCAGUCUCUUCCCCAACUUCAGCACGAUGGACCCCGUCCAGAAAGCUGUCAUCAGCCACACGUUUGGGGUCCCUUCCCCCCUGAAGAAGAAGCUCUUCAUUUCCUGUAACAUCUGUCACCUGAGGUUCAACUCAGCGAACCAGGCUGAAGCACAUUAUAAAGGCCACAAACAUGCCAGAAAACUCAAGGCUGUCGAAGCUGCCAAGAGCAAGCAGAGGCCCCCAACCCUGGCCCAGGAUGGGACACUGGUGUCCCCAACCCCGCCUGUGGCCAGUGGAGCCCCUGGAGAGCUGCAGAGCAAAGUUCCUGCAGCCCCUCCUCCUGGCCCCCCGCUCCAGCCACCACUGACUCCGGACCCAACGCCCAGGGAGCCAGCCCACUCAGAUCUCUUGGAUGCUUCCUCCUCUUCCUCCUCUUCUUCUUCCUGCCCACCCUGCUCCCCAGAGCCUGGGAGAGAGGCACCAGGGCCUGAGCCGGCGGCAGCUGCUAUGGCAAGCGGUGUGAGUGGGGAAGGCAAGAGUGAGAAGGGGCGCCUCUACUGCCACACGUGUAAGGUGACAGUGAACUCCGCCUCCCAGCUUCAGGCUCACAACACAGGAGCCAAGCACCGGUGGAUGGUGGAAGGUCAGCGAGGGGCUCCUCGAAGAGGCCGGGGCCGCCCAGUGCCCCGGGGAGGAGCUGGACACAGGGCCAAGAGAGUGACCGGGGGCCGGCAGGGGCCCAACCCCCCUUUUCACUGUGCUGUCUGUCAGCUCCAGGUCAAUUCAGAGACCCAGCUGAAGCAGCACCUGAGCAGCCGAAGGCACAAAGACCGCCUGGCCGGGAAACCCUCCAAGCCCUCCAGCCAGCACAGCAAGCUGCAGAAGCACGCAGCGCUGGCUGUGAGUAUCCUCAAGUCCAAACUGGCCUUGCAGAAGCAACUCACCAAGACGCUGGCGGCCCGCUUCCUGCCCAGCCCGAUCCCCGCUGCAGGUGCGGCCAUCUGUGCCCUGCCAGGGCCCCUGGCCCUGCGGCCCGCCCCCACCACAGCCACCACCCUCUUCCCAGCUCCCAUCCUGGGCCCAGCUCUGUUUCGCACCCCAGCGGGGGCCAUUCGCCCUGCCCCGGGACCCAUCCUCUUUGCUCCCUAUUAGCCCCCCUGGGGAGGCAGGGGCUGACUUCCCAGCAAUCCUUCUCCCCACUCUUCUCCCCCCGAGAUGCCUCGGUUCCUGCAUCCCACACGGGACUGCCUUUUGCAGCCUAGGGGGUUCCUGACCAAUCUAGGAAGAGCUGGGCUAGUUCUAAGGGCAGCUGCCCUUCACUCCAUCUGGACAGAGGGUUCCACUAAUACCCCCUGGCCCGAGGGCCACCCCCGCCCUCAUUUCCCAGCCUGAUUUCCGGGGAGCAAACUGAAAUCCCAAAGAUCUAUGCAAAAUCCUAGCCCCACUCCCAUGGUGCUCUUGUUCCCCACUCGAGACCUGUACCCACAUGGCCAGAGGCCCCAGCCAGGGGAGAAGUCUGUGACCUCCAUUCCCAUGCUCUGGGGAGGCCCUCCCCAUUCACUGGAUUCUCUGGACAAUGACUAGAGAUGAGGGAUGGGCUCUCAAGCUGGAGUGGGUUCAAGGCUAUCUGGAAAAGCUGACCCAUGCGGGUGAGGUGAAAGACUGGAGGAGAAAGGAAGCAGUGCUAAGGUGGGGCAAAGCCAUGGCAGGGGCCGGUGCUGAAAGCUUUUGGGGGCUUCAUCUGCUCUACUGGGAUGGGGCUAAGACAGGGGUGGAAAAGGUGACGUUCUGGCUGGGCCCAGUGUUCAUAGAAGUGAUCAAUCCCCUCUUAGCCUUUCAUUGAUUCCUCCUGAACCCCAGCUCUGGGGUGGGGGGGCACACUGAGUCUCCCUCAGGCUGUGGACUCAGCUAACACUGAAUCCACCCCAGGGCUCCCAAGUUUUCCCUUCUAGCUCCUCACCCCAACCUGGUCCCUAGCACGAAAUUCAGCUUUCUCUCCUCCCAACCAGCACCCCAAGCCCCCCUCACUGUGAAGCUGAGUAUUGGGAUCCAGUCUGAUACACUCUAAGGACCCAUUUUCAUGCUGUCAAAGUUAAUGUCACAACCUCCAUCCCACCCCAACCCCCCACCCCUACCCCACACUAUGGGACGUUGCCAGUAUCCACCUGUAUCUUUUUUUUAGAUGUUUCCAAUCGGAGAACAAGGAAGGGGAGGGGGGAACUUUUUUGAUAACAGUUGUGGUUUUAUUGUGUCCAAUGCAUCAAUAAAUGAACUUUAAGCCUGA